GGAUGCUGGUCAUCACCUUUGCUGCAGCCGUUAAAGGUACCCUUUCCCCCAUAAAGAUGGUGGCAUCUGGUCCCAAGGAGGGGAAGGUCUCCGGAUCACUCCCACUCACCUGUACUGUAAUGGGAACACCUCUGAAUAGUCCUCAAUAUGACUGGAAUUGUGUCCGUCAGGCCCCAGGAGGAGAGCUGCAAUUUCUAGGCUGGAUCUAUCCUUUUGGGAAUAACACAGGCUAUGCCCCAUCCUUCCAAGGCCGAGUCACCAUCUCUGCAGAUAAAGACAAGAACAAGGUCUCCCUGCAGCUGAAUGCCCUUACAGCCUUAGACACAGCUACCUAUUUCUGUGCCAGGCAGCACACAGUGACACCAAUGGAGGGAGAGGCAGCACAAAAAGGGGGAGGACUGCUGGGUGUGGCAACAGACAAGCUUGUAUUUGGAACUGGGAUCACUUUUUCAGUUGAGCCAAGUAAUCAAGAAGAAUCUGCCCCAGAAGUCAUUGUGCUUAAAUCAAAGGAACCCAAACAAUAUGACAAGAAACUAAACAUGGCUUGUUUGGCAAGGACUUUCUACCCUAAGAACAUCAGCCUUGAUGUGCCCAAGAGUGAGAUUGUAUAUGAUCUGAAGGCACCUCUUGUCACAUCUGAGGGGAUGUACAGUACCAUGAAGGUAGUUGGAGUGGAACCAGAUGCAGAGGUGACCUGCAAGGCUAUACAUAAGCGGAACAAGACUACAGCCAACAUAAUUCUGCCAGAAGAGAAAACUGAAGAAUUUGAAACAGUUAAUGCUUGCAACAUUACAGAUGCCUCUACAAAAGAUGUCAAAAUGGAGAAAAUGAAUAUGCUGUUCAUGGCUGUUUUGGGUUUGAGAAUCCUGCUGGGAAAAAGCAUCGCCUUCAAUAUAAUCAUGAGUAUCAAGCUGUUUCUCUUCUGAGGUAGGAAACAUGCUAGUCCAGAGCAUCUCAGGUUCUAUCAGAAAUUUUCUGUUGGUUGUUUUAAGUGGCAGAGCACAAAGUCUGGAUGAAUGAACAGAUCAGCAAGAACUAUAAAGGGAGAAUCCCAAAAGCCAACAAAUGUGAAAAGGGGGAUGAAAAACUGGGUAAGUGAGCCAGCAAUGGGCAGAAGAAGAGCAGGAAAGAACACACAGCAGCAUAAUUUAAACACCACGGGUCAGCUUUGCUACCAAUAA